AUGGCCUCCCAAGAUCAACCAUCAAAGCUCACCCAGUCCAUCAACCUCCCCCGCAUCACAAUCAAAUACUGCACCCAAUGUAAAUGGAUGCUCCGCGCUGCCUACUUCGCCCAAGAACUCCUCUCAACUUUCAGCACGGAUCUCGGCGAAGUCGCCCUCAUCCCCGCAACGGGUGGCGUCUUCACCGUGACCAUGUACCAUGCCGCGGGCGACAGCGACAGCGCCGGCGCAGACGUUCACCAGACGGUCCUAUGGGAUCGGAAGACGAACGGCGGGUUUCCGGAAGUCAAAGUGCUCAAGUCGCUUGUUCGUAAUGUGGUGGAUCCGUCGCGCGACUUGGGACAUACGGACCGGGCCUUGCGGGCGGCGAAUGUGCCGGUGCAGGAGGGAGGUGUUUCCGGGGUGAGUCAGGAGAGCCAGAGUCAGGCUCAGACUGCGUCUGGAGGACAGGGGACGGGCCAAGUACAAGAAUGCGAGGACUGCAAAUGA